UUUUGCCAUUUCCAGAAGAGCUUGUAGAGGACACACUGCAGAACCAUGGAUAUAAAUGUUGUAAAUGCUCUUGCAUAUGAAGAUUUUGUGAAAUUAUUUGGUAAUGUGGUUGAGAAAUGCCCCCUCAUCUCGGCCGCAAUAUGGUCCUAUCGACCAUUUAAAGAUCUAGCAGACAUCGAGGCUCGCAUAUCGGAAUUCAUUCACAGUCUACCGGACUCAGGUAAAGAGGGCAUUCUGCGGUGUCAUCCUGAUUUGGCGGGCCGGGAUCUCCAGAGCGGCACUCUAACACCGGAGUCCCAAGAAGAGCAGAGUCAAGCCGGUAUGACCACGCUGGAUUCCGCAGAGAUUGCGCACAUGUACCAUCUAAACUCGGAGUACAAAGAGCGCUUUGGCUUCCCUUUUGUCAUUUGCGCGCGUCUCAACAACAAAGCGGACAUUGUGCGUCAACUGUCCGAGCGCCUGAAGAACCGCAGAGCAGCGGAGCUCGAGUGCGCGAUCGAAGAGGUUAAAAAAAUCUGCAGCCUCAGGUUACACAGUAUUGUCCUAUCUGACAUUCAAACCAAACUAUAACUUAAAAGGUAGCUGUAAUUGCUAAAGUGUUUGCUGACACUCUUGAUCGCCAGGAUUUGUGUUGACCAAAACCCAAAAAUCGAGGAUGUGCUAGAAAUAAAUUGAUUGCGUUUGCCAAUUUGUGAUUUGCGCCAGUAGGCUAUACAUUCUCUGUACAUCUACAAUAAAGUUGAAGUGAUACCAAA